AGGCGUGAAAGAGAAAGACGUCUCGAUCGUUUUACUUAAGAAAGGAAAUUUACACGACAUAUACCCCCUCCUCCCAACUGUCCAGAAUGUCAAGUGUUUUCUUCCUGUUCAUGGUGUAUUUCCGAGUUUGAUAUCUUUGUUCGUUGACAAUAUGAAAAUACAACUAACAUUAUUUGGCAUCGACUCGCUCAUUUUGCUAAUUUCCAUUCACGACAAAAAGAAUGACGCCCAAGGAAUAAGUGGAAUCUGUUCUGAGGCUGAGGGGUUACAAAAUUUAGUCUGCUGUUAUGACUUUCAUUUGAUUGACAACCAAUGCAAACCUUGUGACGACGGUUACUUUGGAGAAAACUGUGGAGUUAGAUGUAUAGCACCUGAGUAUGGGAAGUCAUGUGAGAAGAAAUGUGAUUGCCCUGUAGAGCGGUGCCACCAUGCGUAUGGUUGCCAAGAGCCAGAUACAACGACUGUUAAGUUAACACGAUUUACAACUGCUGUAGAAACUACAUCCACGUUUAACAAGUUUUAUGAGGAAACAAAUCGGAUACAAUCAGUGACCGUGCCGGACUCGUUAUCAACGACGGAGUUGGGAAUUAUUUCGUUCUCAUUUACAAGAACGGCAAGUCCAAAUGGAAAUGAGACAAAGAGCGACAACUCUGUCAUAAUCAUCAUUGGAAGUGUGAUUGCGUUCUUUUUAGCCAUUCUCACCGCGAUUCAGAUACACGGAAAAUGUAAAACGAAGUUGAAAACGCAAAGAAUACAACACAGUGUAUCUGAAACUUACGCUGAAAUAAACGAGGCAGUUAUGCUGCCAAGCGUCGAAAGAAAUGAAAAUCGAUAUUCGAGAAAACAAUCAGCAAAGUAUGAUGUCUUAAAGGAAAAGACAAAAAAUGAAUACUUAUUUAUACAGUGUGAAACAGAAAACGAAAUUCAUAAAGUUCCUGGUUCAAAUACAUCGGAUACAGUUUCUGGAUCUCUCGACCAAUCUAACAAAUCAUCCGAUUAUUCACAGUCCCCGGAGAAAGAUGAUAAGGACUCCUAUUUAGAGCCAGUCAAUAAACCGACUCAUCAUCAUCAUUACAUUGACAUCAUGGACAACCCGUAUCUAGACGUCGUACACACAGUCCCUGAAAGCGAUGUCUGUCAUGUCAAAGUGUGUCAGACUUCAUCACAGUAUGACGAUGUAUUACCAAACAGGCCACCACAGGUCUUACAAUGCGAUGAACAUACGGAUACGUACUUGAACGUUGUAAACAAUCAGUGAUGGUUCUUUGUAAAGUAUAAAUAUGUAUUAAAACGAAACAAGAUUUGUAUGUGAA